AUGGCUGACUCUUCAGAGGCAAGUAAGAGCUUGCCGGAGCGUGUGAAGGAAAAGGUCGAGAACGCGAUUUCAGACAACAAGCCCAAGAAAGAAAAAGCACCCAAGCAGCCCAAGGCCCCAAAGGAGGCAAAACCACCAGCAGAGAAACCUGCAAAGCCCGCAAAGCCCGCAAAUGCUGCGCCAUCAGCACCAACCGACCCCGAUGCCAUGUUCAAGGAGGGCUGGCUGGCGGCAGUCCGGAAGGAACGGCCUGCAGAUGAACCAGUAGUCACUCGGUUUCCCCCAGAACCGAAUGGCUAUCUCCAUAUCGGCCACAGCAAAGCCAUUGCGAUCAAUUUCGGAUUUGCCAGGUUCCAUGGCGGAAAGUGCAACCUGCGAUACGACGACACAAACCCCGAAGCGGAAGAAGAAAUCUACUUUACCGCCAUUGAAGAUAUUGUGCGCUGGUUAGGUUUCAGUCCUGCCUUGAUCACCUACUCCAGCGACUUCUUUGAUCGGUUGUAUGAGUUGGCCGAGAAGCUUAUCACCUUGGACGGUGCAUACGUAUGCCACUGUACAGACGAGGAGCUCAAAGAUCAGCGAGGCGGGACAGAUCCGAAAAAUAAGCAUGAAAGAUACGCUUGCCCUCAUCGGAGUCGACCAGUUGAAGAAUCGCUGGCCGAGUUUCGAGCAAUGAGAGACGGCAAAUACAAGCCCAAAGAAGCCUUUCUACGAAUGAAACAGGAUCUUUCGGACGGCAACCCUCAGAUGUGGGAUUUGGUUGCCUACCGUGUCCUCGAAAAGCCACAUCAUCGCACAGGAGACAAAUGGAGAAUCUAUCCCACUUACGACUUCACCCACUGUCUGUGCGAUAGUUUCGAGGGCAUUACUCAUUCUCUGUGCACGACUGAAUUCAUUCUGUCCAGAGUAUCGUAUGAAUGGCUCAACAAUAAGGUCGAUGUCCCUCACAAGCCAAUGCAGAGAGAAUACGGUCGCUUAAACGUGACGGGGACUGUCUUAUCGAAACGAAAAAUCAAAAAGCUGGUGGACGAGAAGAUUGUCGCCGGCUGGGACGACCCCCGACUGUAUACUUUGGUUGCCUUGCGGCGGAGAGGCGUUCCGCCCGGUGCCAUUCUGUCAUUUGUCAGUGAGCUUGGGGUUACCACGGCCACUAUCAAUAUUCAGAUCGUGCGGUUCGAACAGUCAAUUCGCAAAUACCUGGAAAUGACAGUCCCUCGUCUCAUGCUUGUGCUGGAUCCUGUACCUGUCAUCAUUGACGACCUUCCUGACGAUCACUAUGAGGAGCUGGAAAACGCGUUUGGCCCGAAAGACGUCGACAUGGGUUCCCACAAGUUGCCCUUCACAAAGAAGGUCUACAUUGAGCGUGACGACUUCAGAGAAGUGGACAGCAAAGACUUCUUCCGCAUGGCGCCCGGGAAGCCUGUGGGCUUGCUGAAGGUUCCCUAUCCCGUCAUUGCAACCAGCUUCAAGAAAGAUGAGGCCACUGGUCUGGUCACUGAGAUACAUGCCAAGUACGACAAGCCAGCCGAAGGCGAAAAAGUCAAGAAGCCCAAGGCCUACAUCCACUGGGUUGCUGAUGCUCCGGGACACGGGUCACCGAUCAAAUGUGAAGUCCGUGUCUUCAACCCACUCUUCAAGUCCGACAAUCCAGACGCGGUGGAGCCGAGCUUCAUGGCCGACAUACGGGAAGACAGUCUCAAAGUCUACCCGAAUGCCAUGGCAGAACUCGGGCUAAAAGAGAUCUGGGCGCGAGCUCCAUGGCCUGAGGAAGCCGGGGAGAAGAAGGAUAAAUGUGGUCUUGAAUCGGUCAGGUUCCAGGCAAUGCGAACAGGAUACUUCUGUCUGGACAAGGACACAGAUGAGGCUGCAGGGAAGAUUGUGCUCAACCGGAUCGUUAGUCUGAAGGAGGACUCUGGGAAGAAUGCAUGA